AUGGGUUUUCCACUUAAACAUGUGAUGGACAGUGUUGACGCUGUUGAUUGGGGUUUGAAAGGUUCAUUUGUCGCGGUUGCUAGAAAGAGUGUUCUAAGCAUUUUAUCGGCCAAGUUUGAAGAAAGAGUUUCAAUUGCACUAUCCUUUGGAUCAUGGAUUGGUGAUUCUGCAGCAAAUGAUAGUAUAAAAGCUGACCCCUUUCUUGACAACUGUGGGAAGAUUUUUGAUGUUGUUGAAUGGGACCUCCGUUUUACUAUGCUUGAUCUUGCCUUGAGUGAGCAAGACCUUUAUGUUGUUUCAUACCUAUUUGAUUCUGUGAAGUGGAUUCGACCUGAUUCUAUUGUAAUUGGAUGUGUCCAACUUACCGAAGAUGACAAGGAGGAAAAUUAUCUUGUCCAAGUUAUUAGAAGCCGACAUGGUGAAAUUAAUGAUCUUGCUCAAGUUUACCCCAAGCUCUACCCCACCAUCAUAACCACUGUUAGUAUUAUUACUUUCAUGAUUGUUGCCACUACUCGCACCAUUGUCAUCUCGAACACUAUCAUGGUAAUUACCAACACUAUCAUUGCUAUCACUCUUAGGGUGUCAAAAUAG